AUGGUCACUGAAACAAGUGGCGCUUCCGCUGCGCGACUCGAGAGAGUCGAUGCGCAGCCUGAGAACCCCUAUGCUGGCCUGAUUGAGGAUCAAUCGAUUGCCAUCAUCCCAUCCUUCACUCUCGAGUCCGGCGUUACUCUUUAUAAUGUGCCGAUUGCGUACACCACGCGGGGAACCCUCGCUCCCAACGGUGACAAUGUCCUGGUGAUCUGCCACGCUUUGAGUGGCAGCGCCGACGUGGCAGACUGGUGGGGCCCUCUUUUGGGUGGUCCCGGUCAGGCAUUUGAUGUCUCGCGUUUUUUUGUGAUUUGCUUGAACAGCCUGGGCAGCCCAUACGGGAGCGCCAGUGCGGUCACCUAUAAGGAUGGCAAGCCUGAGAAUGGCUACUAUGGACCGGAGUUUCCGUUGACUACAGUCCGUGAUGAUGUGAACAUCCAUAAACUUGUGCUGGACGAUCUAGGCGUGAAGCAGAUCGCCGCAGUGGUUGGAGGAUCGAUGGGUGGAAUGCUCACCCUGGAAUACUCGUUCUUUGGCAAGGACUAUGUCCGGGCUAUCGUGCCUAUCGCUACAUCAGCACGUCAUUCGGCGUGGUGCAUCAGCUGGGGAGAGGCCCAGCGGCAGAGCAUCUAUAGUGACCCCAAAUAUGACGAUGGGUACUAUCCGUUCAAUGACCCGCCAUCCACUGGUCUGGGAGCAGCUCGCAUGUCGGCUCUGCUCACCUACCGCAGCCGCAACUCAUUUGAGUCGCGGUUUGGACGAAAUGUCCCGGAUCCGACCAAGCAGCAAAACAUCAACGGGACCGAGAAACUGCCUACGCCCCCUAAUGAGCACUGGGCCAUUCACAAUGACGGACAUCGGGGUGGAUUGUCUUCCCGAUCUGAGAGCAGACAAAACUCCCCCGCACCGGUAACCGAUGUUCAGUUCAUGGAUCCGCAAUUCUCUGGCACCAAGACUUUCACGCCUGAAGCCCCGAAGCCUAGGAAGGACUCUGCCGGUCGCCCUCGGCCACCAACCUACUUCUCGGCGCAGUCGUACCUCCGCUACCAGGGAGAGAAGUUUGUCAAGCGGUUCGACGCCAAUUGCUAUAUCGCCAUGACCCGCAAGCUCGAUACCCAUGACGUUUCCCGCCACCGUGCCAGUCCAAACUCCUCGGACUUUGUCCACGAGGCCCUUUCUCAUAUUAAGCAACCGGCUCUGGUUCUGGGCAUUGAAUCUGACGGACUGUUUACAUUUGCGGAGCAGCAAGAAAUUGCCGCGGGCAUCCCUGACUCCCGGCUCAAGCGCAUUGAUAGCCCCGAGGGCCACGAUGCCUUCCUCCUGCAAUUUGAGCAAGUCAACCGUUACAUCGUCGAUUUCUUCAACGAGGUUCUGCCCGACCUCAUGGCGCGAUCCAGCGCCGAUGGCGCCGCGGCUGUGGCGAGCGUCAACAAGCUCACGAAGAGCAGCACAUUCGGAGAGGCCGAAGUGGAUGACAUUACCGCGUGGUAG